AUGUCUUCCGCCAAAGCACUCUCUCUCAAGGAAGAAGGCAAUCGCCACUUCCAGGAGGGUGACUAUGCCGGCGCUGAUGCACUUUAUUCCAAAGCUAUUAUUGCUGAUCCCACCAAUCCGACGCUCUACACCAACCGGUCGAUGGCUCGCCUGAAGCUCGAUAUGUGGGACAGCGUUACUAGCGACUGCAAGGCGUGUCUUGAGAUUGCUCCGAACAACAUGAAGGGCCAUUACUACCUAGCACAGGCCGAGUUGGCCCUCAAGGCAUUCGACGACGCCGUCGCACAUGCAAAGUGCGCCCACGAGAUUUGCAUUGAAUCCAACGACAAGUCACUGACAGCGGUCACUGCGCUUGUUCUUCGGUGCAAGAAAGAGCGCUGGGAAGAUCGCGAGAGGCGACGCUUGCGUGAGGAUGCCCAGCUCGAGGCACAGGUCCUAUCUCUGAUGGAGACGGAGCGUGACCGCGACCUUAAAAACGCCGACAAUGACGGCGACCGCAAAGAGAUCGCGGAAGAGUGGGAGGAAAAGCUUAGCCAUCUUAGCGACACAUUCGAAAGGGCCCGCGUUGAGUCCGAGAAGCGGAGGGAAGUACCGGACUGGGUCAUAGAUGACAUUACAUUCGGAAUCAUGGUCGACCCUGUCAUCACCAAAACUGGAAAAUCAUACGAACGCUCGGCCAUUCUAGAACACCUAAGACGCUCAAGCACGGAUCCACUCACAAGAGAAACGCUUACACCAGCGGAUCUGCGGCCCAAUAUCAACUUGAAACAGGCCUGUGAGGAGUUUCUUGAUAAGAACGGGUGGGCGGUAGAUUGGUGA